AUGUCGAGCCAUUCACUGAUCGACUCGGUCAUCGAUGACGAUGAUGAAUUCUGCCCCCUGUGCAUUGAAGAGUUCGAUCUUUCAGAUAAGAACUUUAAGCCAUGCCCUUGUGGAUACCAGAUCUGCCAAUUCUGCUACAACAACAUUAAGACCCACAGUGAAGAGGGUCGAUGCCCCAACUGUCGACGCGGAUAUGAUGAAAGUACUAUUCAGUACAAGAUUCCCGACGCCGAAGAGUUCAAAGCAGAUUUGGCAUUAAAGCAUCGCAAGGCAGCUGCGGCAAAGAAGAAGGAAGCCGAGAAACGCGAAAUCGAGGCUUCGAGUCGCAAAAAUUUAGCCGGCGUCCGUGUUGUCCAAAAGAAUUUGGUCUACGUUAUCGGCCUCAACCCCACGAUUCGAGACGAAAAUCAACUUCUGCAAACGCUUCGUGGCCGCGAAUACUUCGGUCAAUAUGGCGAAAUCGAAAAGAUCGUGGUCAGCAAGGCGAAGCCCGGUGGCAACCCCAACCAGGGAAUUGGUGUCUAUGUAACCUUCUCUCGCAAAACCGAUGCUGCGACAUGCAUUAACGCCGUGGAUGGCUCCGGAAAUGGCGAUCGAGUGCUUAGAGCGCAAUAUGGCACGACCAAAUACUGUUCCUCCUUCCUUCGAAACGAGCAGUGCAACAAUCGAAACUGCACUUUCUUGCACGAGACUGGGGAGGACAGUGAUAGCUACAGUCGCCAGGAUCUUUCCUCGAUGAACACCAUCUCUACUCAACGCCAAAAUCUCCCGCCAACCCCCUCAAGCGUCCCCGCACAUGUGAGGUCCGCUCAACCCAUCUCUCAUCCGAUGCGCAGGCAGCCAAGCAAGGAUGAUUCCGUCAGUAGUCGAUCGGGCAUUCCAGAUGGUCCUGCGCUACCAUCCUCCGCCAGCUGGGCCAAUAAGGAUAUUGCCAUUCACCGGACCAGGAGGACUAGUCUUACGGGCAGUCAGGCAUCCAACAGCCCGCGGCCUGCAAACGUCCACGUUGCAACCCCAGUUGAAGACCCAAAGCGACCCGAAAAGCCAUCCCCGAUAUCCCAAGAACCUCAGCAACCUACUACCCCAGCUGAGCCCCAAUCUCCUGCCUCGGAGCCGCGCCCACGUGCAACUUCGAAGCCUCCAACACAACCCACGCCAUUCGAUAAUCUGUUGAAAGAUAUCACAUCUCCACAUUUCAGAUUUUCAUUCUCUACAGCCGAAUUGCCCCCCGAAGAGGUCAAGUUAAUUGAGAACUAUCCGUCUUUCAUCGAUCCGUAUGGUGGUGUCAAGCGCAGAGCUAUGCGUGAGAAGGUCGAACAAGAACGUCUUAACCGUGAGCAGGAGCUACUUCAAUCUGUUGCCGCCGAGGAGGACAGCCGCGAAGCUGGCAGCCUUCAGCUUGGUGGUGAACCCGAGGAUGCCAACCCUCCCCGUGGCCGCCAGACCAGAGAGUCACAUGGUGCUAUUCAACCACCUUCGCAGCAGGGAACCGCAGACAACUCGACAGUCGGAUCUCCUGUUUCUGCGAGCAGCCAUCAAUUCCAAGGCUUGAACCUUGCAGGACGAAGCCUGACACCUCUCCAGCAACAGCAACUGAUGUUGCUCAAGUCUGCUGGCAAUCAACAAGCUGGCUUGGCUGACCCCCUGAGCUCCGCUGCUCUCGACCAAGCUGCUCAAGUCCGCCAGGGGCUUUUGCAAAAUCAGAUGGCCCAAUUCAACGCGCUGCAGGCAGCACAGAACCGACAGUCUUCCCGAUUCUCCUUCAAUGAAGCCGGCUCGAAGAACAUUCCUAAUGCUCGCAUGUUGAGCCAGAUGCAAUCCGCGAGCCCUAACCCACUGUCGACCCCGAGUCCUCAGCACAGCCUUGCGGGCGGUUUUUAUGCGAGCGGUGUCCAGGGUCCUCCCCCUGGGUUGAAGACGGCUGGUACCCCUCCCAUCAGCGGCGGUGGAAUGUUUGCUCAAGGUCACGGCUUCACUUCAGGCCUCGGGUCCAAUGUCGGCAAGCAAGAUGCCACCCCGGAGUUGAUGCGCGAGUUACUGCGCGGAAGAACUAGUACAAAUGUUGGUGGUUUACAGGGCCAGGAGGCGGCUAAGCGUGAGUUCAUGAUUCCUUUCCUUCAACAGCACAAUACCCCACCCCCUAUGACUCCCACCAAUGGCCUUCUCGGCUCGUUCUAUGGGUCCCAGCCAGGCAUGCCUGAAUCUGGUGGCCCACAGAAGCAGAAGAAAAAGGGAAAGAAGCACAGACACGCUAACACUUCCUCCGGUGGAGGUGGUGUAGUAGAUCUUGCGGACCCGAGCAUUUUGCAAGCGAGAAUGCAUCAGGUCGGUGCGAAUGCUACAGCCGGGCAAGCGUUAUACGGGAGUCAAGGUCAAGUCAAUGAGGAUUUCCCUCCGCUUGGAGACCAAUCCAAGGAUCGUCGACCCGUUGACAGUUUUGGCUUUCUGAAGUCUCAGUUGCCCAACGAGUCAGCCGCUAGGGCUGGAACUCCGACCCUACCACCCGGAUUGCCUCUGCCCCACGCUCAUCCCUCUACUUCUGCUUUCCAGGAUCAACCUAGUUCCUCGAAGCCGUCUUCGCCUGCUCCAAUGCUGCCGCCUGGCUUAGGUACUAGUAUCUCAAGACUGGGUACACCGAAUCAACCCCGUGAUGAAAACCGGUCCCGGCCGUUGAGCCCGGAGCUCACUGUGGGAGGCCCGGUGACAUCCAACCGCGUGAAGGACGCCUCUCAGAUUUCAUUUGGCUCGCCAGUGCAAAAGCCUGCAAACAAGGCUCGUGCCCAGCGCAAGAUUGAUCUGGCUGCUGCCGCGGAUGCGAAAGAUUCGGCCAUCAAAGCCCCAAACCAUUCGGAGCCAAGUUCUGCAGCCACGAAAGGCAGCCCGCUUGGUUUUAGCACACCAUUAGCUGCUACUACCAAGUCUGAGCAAGUGUCUGCUCCCGGUUCUGUCUCUGCAAUCGGUUCGCGGCCUCACACACCCCAGACUAUCACGUCCCGGAUGUCCGACUCACCUGCUCCACGUCAGCCACGUAUUCUGCGUGUGGUGGAAACGACAAAGACUGAAACGCCUUCUCCCGUCCUUGAUUCGCCCUCUGUGACUACCUCUGUCAUCGGAGGAAGCAAGUCACGUUCUAGGCGCCAGAGCCUUUCGUCCAACAGCCGACCUGAUACUCCCGCUGAUCACAGCUGGGAAGCCGAUUACUAUCCCUCCACCUCUGCUUCUCGUGCGAAUUCACCUCCUGCGUCAUCCCGCAUUGGCUCUGCCCCGGUUCGAUCCAUGACGAAGAGUCAAGCCAAGAAGGAGAGAAAGCAAAAGGCCAAGGAAGCAGAAGCCAAGAAGGUUGAAGCCGCUCCUACACCCGAAGAGCCUGUCCAAGCUCCUAUCAUGGGGGCGCAAGCGCAAGACCAAGAAGGAACCCAAAGUCACUUCAAGCCGGAGCCGAAGGUAGAAGUUCCAAAGAAAGUGAAGGCCAAGGAGAAGCCUGUCAAGGAACCGUCCCCUCCUCCGCCUCCUCCUCCCCCUCCUCCCCCUCCUGUUGAAGAGCCACCUCGUCCCAAGGAACCCCCUGUGGAGCCCUGGCGUACCAACAAUACAGUCGAGCAAUUAGUCAAGGAUUCUGAGGCCAGUGGAAAGUCAAUCAAGGAUCUCUUUGUGGAACGGACCAAGCCCCUUCACGAGUUACUUGCCGAAAUGCACAAGUCUGGCGAGCUGGACCUCUACAAGAGCUCGCUUUUCAACCCUACGAAUCUCAGCCAGCGUACCGAUAUGAAAUGUCACGCAGACGACUAUGACAUCCUCCAAUGUCCCACUGAACUGAACGAGGAUCACCGCAAAGCUCUACUUCGUGGAGAACCCGUUCGACUUGGUGAUGAGCGCCUAAAGAGCCGAUGCCUCAUCACACCUCGUGGCUGUGUGCUUCGCCACCUUGAACCAGAGGAAGAGGAUCGGUACCUUGAGCUGGAGAAGAAUAUGGCUGUCGUCUCUGAUCCUUUCAUGAUUGGAGAUGAUUCCAGUAACCCCAGUGGCGGUCUGGAAGCACUCUUCGCCAACCCAGAGAAGUUCAACAUCUGCUGGGUUGAGGACAUGCCCACCCGUCUUGGGGCCACAUCACCAGCCUCUUCUCUCGGCGUGCCCGACUCUGUGAUUCCCCCCAACGUGCUCUCUGCUAUGGAAGCCGACAGCACCCGCAACCACGACUGGGCCGUUGCCAACUCGGCUGAGCUACUCAACACUACCCCCGCAGCUGUGCGCUCUUUCGCGGCUAUCACUGCUCAACACAUGCUCAAUAACCAGGGCAUGCUCGGUGCCAACCCUACCUUGGACGAUGUUGCCGGGCUCACCAAUGAAGAGCUGAGGGAUCUCUCUGGCCGUUCUCAGAAGGACCUGGAGUUGACUCGCAAGGAACUGGACUCGCUGGACAAGAAGUUUGCAGCUCUGCUUCGCCGUAACCGCAAACUCCAGCUUCAGGCAUUGACAUUCGCCGCUGCGUCCGAGCUGUAA